UAAUUUGCUUAUGGAGGUGUUAAUUUAUAGCUCACACUGUUACACUAUAGUUAUCUCUUACCAAAAAAUAUUUUCAAAAUUUUCUGGUUUUUAGGUCUGGGUUUGUUUUCAUCAGGUGUAAGCAACUGCAAAUUCAAUAAAGUAGAGAUUGAAUAAGGGUAUUUGCCUUUGCUUAUUUCAUAAGCUUUCAAGCUGUGAAAGUUUUACACUAGUGUUCUUCAAAGAUGGUGAGAAUUUGGAAAUCAGAUUCUAUGUAUAUAAUAUUAUGUAUAUGAGAGAGAGAGGAGAGAGAGAGGGGGGUAGGUUUUCAUGGUCCUUAAAAUGGCCUUUAUUUCCGUGGGCUCCUCUUGGUGUGAUUGAUUUGAUAAUUCAACUGUGAAAUACAGCUUUCCUUGCCGUCACUAAUGACUCAAACAUGCUCUUGUUUUUUUCCUUCCGCGUGAGAUUUAACUUUGCGAAUUGAACUGUUAAAUUGAACUUCCCUGUAGUUUUUAUCUCUUGGUGGGUUUAUGUCUGUUGGUAAUCAGUGUUCAAGGGUUCAACAUUUCGUGUUGGGUCUUUAGCUUAAAUUAGGGGCAACGGUUAGGUGGUACCAGUUUCUCUCUCUUCUCAUCAACCGAGAAAGAAACAAGAAUCAGAAAAGAAAAUUGUGGAACUAACACAUGAGAACUCUUCAACAUUUGGGGCACAUUAUCUGAACAAUUCUGUGUCUGAGCUGCAAUUCCUAUGGCAGUCACAUAUCUAUAAUCGUUGGGGGGUCAAUUUGCUUUAAGUUUUGUCCCUGUUCUGGAAAUUUCUACACAAAUGUCGGUUUGCUAAAAGAUUGCUGAGAAUAAAAAAGUGAGGAUCUGCAUUUAGCAUAUGCGGCAAACAGAAAUUUCCAUGUGAAGAUUGACGCCGGAAGCAUGGAUCUUGACUACGGAAAGUGCUGGAACAGUCCAAAGAAGGAUUCUUGGAAGACAGUUCUGCUAUUAGCUUAUCAAAGUCUUGGUGUGGUCUAUGGAGACCUGAGCAUUUCCCCACUCUAUGUUUACAAGAGCACAUUUGCAGAAGACAUUCAUCACUCAGAGACGAACGAAGAGAUUUUUGGUGUUCUUUCGUUUAUUUUCUGGACUCUGACUCUAGUUCCUUUAUUCAAAUAUGUCUUCAUAGUCCUUCGAGCUGAUGACAAUGGGGAGGGUGGUACUUUUGCCCUCUAUUCCUUGUUAUGCAGGCAUGCCAAAGUAAGCCUUCUGCCCAACCGACAAGUCGCUGAUGAAGCACUCUCCACAUAUAAACUGGAGCACCCUCUGGAGCAAAAGAACAGUUCAAAGAUAAAACUGUUACUUGAGAAGCAUAAAUCCUUCCACACUGCUCUACUAAUCUUGGUUCUUCUUGGCACUUGUAUGGUAAUUGGAGAUGGACUGCUCACUCCAGCCAUUUCUGUUUUCUCGGCGGUUUCUGGUCUUGAGUUUUCCAUGUCUAAGGAACACCAUCAAUAUGCGGUGAUUCCAAUUACUUGCUUCAUAUUAGUGUGCCUAUUUGCACUACAACACUAUGGCACGCAUCGGAUUGGUUUCUUCUUUGCUCCAGUUGUGUUGGCUUGGCUGGUAUGCAUCAGCACCCUUGGUGUGUAUAAUAUAUUCCACUGGAACCCACAUGUCUAUGUAGCUCUUUCCCCAUAUUACAUGUUCAAGUUCUUGAAGAAGACAGGAAGGAACGGAUGGAUGUCAUUGGGUGGAAUGUUAUUGUGCAUAACAGGCUCAGAGGCAAUGUUUGCUGAUCUUGGCCACUUCUCAUAUGCUGCAAUUCAGAUUGCUUUCACCUUUCUGGUUUAUCCAGCACUGAUAUUGGCAUAUAUGGGUCAAGCUGCCUACUUGUCAAAGCAUCACCCUACCAGUUACCAGAUAGGUUUUUAUGUUUCAGUUCCAGAAAGUGUGAGGUGGCCAGUUCUUAUAAUAGCAAUCCUUGCUUCUGUUGUGGGAAGCCAAGCAAUUAUAAGUGGAACAUUCUCCAUCAUCAACCAGAGUCAAUCACUUGGUUGCUUUCCAAGAGUCAAGGUUGUUCACACCUCUGAUAAGAUACAUGGCCAAAUCUACAUCCCUGAGAUCAACUGGAUGCUCAUGAUCCUCUGCAUUGCUGUGACCCUUGGAUUCAGAGACACAAAACACAUGGGCAAUGCAUCAGGAUUAGCAGUGAUGGCGGUAAUGCUAGUGACCACAUGCCUCACUUCCUUAGUGAUUAUCCUUUGUUGGCACAAACCCCCUAUUGUAGCCCUUUGCUUCCUACUCUUCUUUGGCUCUAUUGAAUUACUGUACUUCUCAGCUUCCCUCAUCAAGUUUCGUGAUGGUGCCUGGUUGCCUAUCCUCCUAGCCCUCUUUCUCGUGACCAUCAUGUUUGUUUGGCACUAUGCCACCAUAAAGAAAUAUGAAUAUGACCUCCACAACAAGGUUUCAUUGGAAUGGCUAUUAGCCUUGGGUCCAAGCUUGGGCAUUGCUCGAGUCCCUGGCAUUGGCCUAGUGUUCAGCGAUCUCACCUCUGGCAUCCCUGCAAACUUCUCUCGCUUUGUCACCAACCUCCCUGCCUUCCAUCGUGUUCUUGUCUUUGUGUGUGUGAAAUCAGUACCGGUCCCAUUUGUGCCUCCGGCCGAGCGAUAUCUUGUUGGCCGGGUUGGUCCUGCAGCUCACCGGUCCUACAGGUGCAUUGUCCGUUAUGGGUACCGUGAUGUUCACCAGGAUGUCGAUUCUUUUGAAUCUGAACUUGUGGAAAGGCUGGCCAAUUUUAUCAAAUAUGAUUGGUGUCACACACAUGGAAUGGGUAAUUCAUAUAACGAGGAUGAUGGAUCUCGAUCUGGUGUAUCAUCUAAUGAAUGUAGAUUGGCAGUGAUAGGAACAGCAGCACUCUCUGGCACACCAGCUUUUGAGCUUGAUGAAAGUGUUCAGCCAGCAAGUGUAUCUGUUGGGUUCCCAACAGUAGAGAGCGUGACGGAUGUCAUUGAGAUGGAGCCUAUUGGUGUCUUGGAAAGGAGAGUAAGGUUUGCAAUUGAUGAAUCCGAACCUGAUAUCUGUCCUGAAAUAGAUGUGCAAUUGCGAGAAGAAUUAGAAGACAUAUACACCGCUCAACAAGCUGGGACUGCAUUCAUUAUUGGGCAUUCACAUGUUAGAGCAAAACAAGGAUCGUCACUUUUGAAGAGGUUGGCUAUCAAUUACGGGUAUAAUUUCCUGAGGAGGAAUUGCCGGGGACCGGAUGUAGCACUCAAGGUGCCACCAGCGUCUCUCCUUGAGGUUGGCAUGGUUUAUGUUGUGUAAGCACUACAUGUAAUGUAACUAGUGUUGUUAGCUAAUGUCUUAUAGAGCUUAUCUGAUAGAGAAGUGCUAGGAAGUUGAAGAUGAUUGUGCAGAUUAAUGAGUACCUGUGUUAUGCUGUUGAGAGUAAACUCUUUUCAGUUUAUGUACUCCAUCAAGAGAAUGAAAAAAAAAAAAGAAAAAAAAAGUGGUAAGGAUUUAACUUAAUUCCAUAUGCUUCUUUUGGUAUAAGUUAUUAUAAUUCUGUGGAUGAAUGAUGAUGACACUGUUUAUUUUAUUGUUAAUUUCUUGUAUUUACCAUUAUUGUGUAACUUGUGAUAUUUGGUCUAUUAUGACAAGUUGCCUUUGUUUUGGCCCUUCUUGUC